AUGCGUUGUUGCGGCCCUUUUGGGCUCUUGACACCCCUUGCUGCCUACUUUCUCUACUGCCCCUUGUCAUCUAGCUCGUUGAAGUGCAGUUGUUUCAUCCUCUCGACCGGCGGGCAGCGCCGUAACGGUGACAACUACGACUACGACUUCGGCUACGACUGCAAAUACGAAUACAUCGACCACUUUUACCGCAGCUCUGACCGUUACAAUCACUUCAGCUUAUACAGUUGCUGCAUCUCCAAUCAUAACAACAACAACGAGUACAACCACAACGACUUUGCCAGCAGUGACGGUUACGUUGGCCUAUACCGUGGCUGCAUCAGCUAUUACAGUGAGCACCACGUCUACCAGCACCACAACGAGCACAACAACAAGUACGGCGACAUUGCCAGCAGUGACCGUUACAUCGGCAUAUACGGUUGCCGCUUCUUCAGUAUACAUCAGUACAACCUCGACCACCACAACGACCACGACAUCUACAGCGACACUGCCAGCCGUCACUAUUACUUCAGCAUACACAAUCGCAGCGUCUACGCCUCGACCACGAUCACUUCUACCAGCGUUCCCGACGCCGUGACUGUCACGCAGCAAGGCCCUGCAGAAGCGACUAGCACGGUCACUAUAGCACGAGAGACGACGACCAAGGAGGUCACGACCACUCGCUCGCUGACAUUCCGAGAAACUUUGAUAAGACUUGUUCCAACCACCGCAACUCAAACGGAACGAACAACGUCGACGAGGGUCAUCAACUCCAUCUCAACCAUCGUCACCACUCUCCCACGUGUUACCACCACACGCCUGUCCACCAUCACCCCAGCCUCAACAACCCUGACCUACCGCACAACUCUCACAGCAGCAGCUACGCGCUUCACCACACAGACAGCACGCGAGACCUCAACGUCCAUCCGCUAUAUCGACCGCACCAGUACGCUCACAAUCCGCACGACCGAGACCUCCUUCGCGACGCGCAUCAGCACCCUGCGCACAACAUCCACCCUCUUCACAACCAGGGCUGACGAGUUUUACGACGCAGACGGCGCGCACGACUACGAUGAGCACCAAGACGGCGAAUACGACACUAACGGCGCGGACGACGAGAACAUUAUACUCCACGAAGCCGACGACGACAUUUUAUACGACCAGGCUGGGGCAGCCGCCGGCUCCAAUGAGCACGGAUGUUUGGGUGAAGGCCUAGGGGGGCGAGGUAGGUAG